AUGUUGAAGGCGUUGGUAGCAAGGCGACUAACAGAGGCUGCUGACGAGAUAAUCGGAAUCUUUGAGCGAACAAUAACGGAGUACGAAGACGAACUGUGUCGCUCCAAAGAAGAGAAUGAGAAACAGCGACAGCUGCUGGACACAUUUCUCAAACCCAGGGUUCAAGUAUACGUUGAAGACAUCCAGCAACCUACAGACAGGAAAAAAGAGAUCAUACCCGAGCAACAUGAGCGGACCAACAUUGCAGAAGUGCAUGAAAAAACUGAGCCCUACUACAUUAAAGUGGAAGACCAGUGGACCAAUCAGGAAGGAGAAUCAGGGAGCAAUGCAGUAGAUGACAUGAAGUCCUCUAACUCUGAUUCUAAACCCAGUCAGUACACCAGAGAGCCAGCGCUUCGAACCAACAACUUGACAUCAGAAACAGACGAACCCCAUCAAGAAGCAUCACAACCGUAUUCCUGUUUUGAUUUACUGCCCGAUCAGCUGACAUCUGACUCAUCUCACCAAGUUCCUCAAUCUAACACCCACUUCCAACUCCAAGGUAAUGUCAAGCAGUUUCAGUGCAUCGACUGUGGCAAAACAUACAAGUCCAGGGCGAGCUUGAAAAGGCACACCAUGACUCACACUGGGGAGAAACCUCACAAGUGCUCGGUAUGUGGGAAGAAAUUCAUGCAACGCUCGGAUUUAGUCAUGCACUCGCGGUGUCACACCGGAGUGAAACCUUUUGCCUGCACGCUUUGCUGUUGGAAGUUCUCUAAAAAGAGCAGUUUGGUGUUGCACAUGAGGCGACACACAGGGGAGAAGCCUCACUGGUGCUCAGUGUGCGGGAAGAGAUUCAGGCAUCCCUCCAGUCUCGCCGAACACUCUCGCAUUCACAUAAAGGGGAAUGUUUACUCUUGCUCGGUGUGCAGUGCUGGAUUCCCUGGAAAACGUGAUGCAAGCACAUUAGAAAUCCGUGGAACACAGUUGCGUAUUGUUGAUAAACAUACGAAUCAAAGUCUGUGUCUGCAAUUGACUUACAGACUCAACAAGCCCCUCAAUAAUUAUAACCACUGGACAUUGUCAUUUCCUGGGUUGGUCGUGGAGGCAGGUCACACAUAUAUGAUGUCAGCUUUUAAUUUGCCGCUACCUGGCAUUGGAUCGUACAGCACCAAUAUGAACAUUACUAUCCCAGGAUGUGCUCACAAGAGAAUCCGAAACUCCCAGAUGUGUUUGGAGAAUGGCAGCCUUUGGAACCCUCGAAGCACAACUAGUUUGUAUGUGGGAAAACAUCAAAUGUUGUCUGUUGUUGUGGCCUUUGAGGCAGACAAGCAUUCCAGCAUAUAUCAAGUUUCCAUUCUGAGUGAUAGUGUCUAUUUCUCAAAGAAUGUUUCCAAGGAAAACACAGCAUCUCUGAAUGUCACCUUUUGCUUGGAUGUGUCUCAACUCUUAAGGUGCGAAUUGCUAAUCAAAAUCAAGCCAUUUUUCAAAAAUUGCAUGAAUGAGGGCUGUCGUCCAGAACAAAUGAGUGCCAAUUCCUGUUUGUAUUUUCGACCACGAACUCCAAUGAUUAAGGGCGCAGUGGUGUUGAUCUUUGUUGGUGUUUGUUUUUCAUUGCUGUGGACUGCUUCUCAUAAAGAUCGCCUCAGUCUGUUGUCACCAACCACUGACCAACAACCCCAAUGUUUCCACGUUCAAGAAAGAAAAAAAGUUUUCAUUCUCUACUCCCUUGACCAUCCAUUAUACAAAAAUAUUGUCCUCAAGUUUUGUGCCUUCCUGAUGGCCAAAUGUGGCACCGAAGUCAUCCUGGAUCUGCUGGAUUCUACCCGGGUGGCAAUGCUGGGCCGAAUCCAAUGGCUAGACUGGCAGCGAGAACGAAUUGAAAGUUCCUCAGAUAAGAUCCUCCUUCUUUGCUCUAAAGGAGUGCAAGCUAAAUGGAGAGCCAUGUGUGGAGAGAAGCGGGUUCUCCUGAGAGAAGACCUCCGCUCGCCUAUGAGUGACAUGCUCACUCCUGCUCUGGGCCUCAUCGUGCCUCAACUGGUGCAUCGCGCUUCCUUCGAGAAGUAUAUGGUGGCUUACUUUGAGGGCAUUUGCUCUCCGGAGGAUGUCCCCUCACCAUUUAACGUUACAGUUCGAUACAAACUCAUGAGACAAUUCGAAGAGCUGUUCUUUCGAAUCCUAGAUGCUGAAAAGCAGGGGCCAGAUAGAGUUCGUUAUAUUGAAGGACUUGCAGAGGGCGAGUAUCACCACUGUUCCACAGGCCGAGCCUUGCUGGAGGCCUUAGAGGAUUUUCGGGCAUACCAACGGAAGCACCCGGCGUGGUUUGAAGAGCAGCUGGUGGAGGACUUGGAUGUUGAGGACCUGGACUGA